AAGCGAGCAGCAGAACAUGCCAGAGCCAGACAGAGGCUAGACGCGUUCGGGCCCGGUCCACAGCAGGCGGUCGACCAAAACUACCACCUUUCGACCACUCUAGGACAGUUUCUACCAUGUCCAGACCAUUGUGAACCUGCCGUAGAAUUCCUUAGUGCACUGCCAUGGCCCACAGCACCAUGAACGGCCACGCCAACGCCGCCAAGAGGGUCUACAAGGUGGUGUUGACUGGAGGUCCUUGUGGAGGCAAAACGACCGGCCAGUCACGACUCUGCACCUUCUUCGAAAAUAUGGGCUGGAAGGUGUACCGGGUGCCAGAGACUGCUUAUAUAUUCCUGAGCGCCGGCAUCAAGUUCGCCGACCUUUCCGAGGACCAAGCCGUCAACUUCCAGGAGAACUUGCUCAAGAGUAUGAUGCAGAUUGAGAACACAUUCUUCGCCCUCGCCGAGACCUGCACCAAGAACUGCCUCGUGAUCUGUGACCGCGGCACCAUGGACGCCUCCGCCUUCAUCCCUGAGAAGCGGUGGGAGGAGAUCAUGCGUCGCAAUGGCCUGAACCCUGUGGAUCUGCGGGACACCAGGUACAACCAGAUCAUCCACAUGGUGUCCGCCGCCAACGGGGCCGAGGCGUUCUACAGCACAGAGGACCACAAUACCCGCAGUGAGAACAUCUCCCUGGCACAACACCUGGACAACCGGGCGGCCGAGGCGUGGGUCGGACAUCCUUACUUUGACGUCAUCGACAACUCAACGGAAUUCGACUCAAAGAUCCGGCGCAUGAUUACGGUGGUGUGCCAGAAGCUGGGCAUUGACACAGGCGACAGGCUCAGCUCCAAUGCCCGCAAGGUCAAGUUCCUGGUGAAGGGCCCCUUGCCACAGGACUCAGUGUUCCCAAACUUCCAGGACUUCAACGUGGAGCACAUCUACCUGCGCACCAACUCCCGGAAGAUGCAGGCACGGCUCAGGAAGCGCGGCAAGAACGGCCACCACAGCUACACCCACACCAUCCGCAAGCCCGAGCAGCUGGGUCAGAUCGUGGAGGUUAAGACGCCCAUCAGCCAGCGCGACUGGAUCAACAUGGCCGCCCAGAUGGAUGAACACCACCUCAAGAUAUUCAAGAAGCGUCGCUGUUUCCUGCACAACAACCAAUACUUCCAGCUGGACAUAUACCAGAAGCCCUGCCACAAGAGGUGCGAGGGGCUGAUCCUACUGGAGACAUACACCACGCUGCCCUCGGAGGAGCUGCAGCGACGCCUCCCUUCCUUCCUGCAGAUCGAGAGCGACGUCACAGGCCGCCCCGACUACUCCAUGUUCAACCUUAGCCUUCGGGAUGAGUGGGCAACCACCAACGAGUUCUGUGUCAACAUUGCAGUGGCUGCCGACAAGCAUGUGUCCUCCUGCGGUUCCUGUCCCAGCAGUAACCUUGACCUCCAGCGCCGGCGACCUGACCUCUCACCAAACUCCAAGCUGGCCUCCAUCGCGCCCUACAACCCCAUACUGCCGAGUGGGAGAAGAGAAGUAAAGAUAGACAGAGUAGGAGGGAUUAGUGAUUGGGUGGUCGGGCCCGUGAAGUUCCUCAGUCCAGUGUGUGUCACGACCCCCCCGGUGAGGGUCACGAAUGGCUUCAAUGCGCCGGAACACUAG